UGAAGUAAAAAAAAUACACUUAGUAUUCAUUUAUGAUACAUUGUUAAAAAAUUAUUUUACGUUAUUAUUAUUAUACAUUAUUUUACACUUCUCUGUCUUAGGGUAUGUGUAUAUUUUUGUAUUUAUAUAUAAUGCUAUAAGAUACCUCAUAUUUCUUUUAGUAUGAACUAUACAUGGCACCAAGUUUGGAAUAAUGCAUAAUGUUAGGAUGCUAUGGCAAUGCUUUAUGAAGAACAAACUACAGACCAAACUAGUGGAUGUACUUCGCAACGGCAGCUUGGCAGUCUUCUUUCAACUCCAUUAAAACAAAACGAAAACCUACAUGAAGAUCUAAAUAUAAAUUAUUUGAAAGAUACCUUUGUAAAAUCUUGUAUUCAAGCCUUGCAGUCUGAGAUAUUUGGACCAUGGAUACAUUUGACAGAAGUGUUAAAUUUAAUUAAGCCGGUGUCUCGUGUUCUUCUUACAUCAAAACAAGUUGUUUAUUAUGUACAUCGCAUUUAUAACUAUUGUAAACAACAUGAAGACGUCAAUGAAUUAAACAUCGUUCCCUUACUAACAGAAGUAUUUGUAGAUGUUAAUUUUACCAUCUCAAAUUUUAAAUCUAUUGAUGCAAUAAACUCUCAGGGGAGUGAUACAUUAACAAAAGAUGCUCCAUUACUGCCUGAAAUUUCAGAAUCAAGAGUGCGCGUUCAUAAAGAUGCUUAUUUUUCAGGUUCAGAUCCAACGGCACUGUUUGCAAUACUCCCAGAUGAUCUCAGGGAAAGAAUAUAUGAACCAAGGUCUUUGAACAUUACUGAUUUGCAAAAAUACCUUCCACAGGUUGUCUCUGAUAUAACAAAACUGGAAAGCACAUGGGAUAAUGCACUAGGCUUAACCCUUAUCAGCUUAAACACUAAUAUUCCACAAACUAUUCUCCCAGACAUUUCUACAAUAGAGAGUACAGUUUCACACUCCACAUUGCGUGAAGAAAAACGAAAGAUAAAAAAAAUAGUAGCACCUAAAACUGGACGUGAGGUUGUUGAAAGUUUGGUAAAAUCAACAAAUGAAAACGUAAUUAAGAUCUGGUAUUUAAACUUUAUCCCCACAAAAUUAUAUGAACCAUAUAGUUUGGUUGUUGCUUCAAAAAAAACAGUAAAGAAAGAACAUGCUGUCAUUUCCAUAUUUGGUGUAUUGUAUGUAAAUUUAAAUGGAUAUUCAGAGCUAACCCCACUUGGUCAGUGGUAUAUGGAAGCAGUGUUGUUCCACAAUAUUCGGCAUAUCAGUUUUUUUAGAAAUUUCCUGUUGAUAAAAGUAUUUCAAAUGUGGAGAAGAAAUAUUAAAUAUCAACAGUUUUGUAAAAUUCAAAAAAAGAUUCGGCUUUCCACAUUGUUGAACAUACCAUCAGUUCCAACUAGUUUGUUAAAAGUCAAGCAGCUUUUACUUCAAUUGGAAAAACUUUCUUUUUUUCCAAAUUUUGAAGAAGGUGGGGUCAGUGUUAAUGUGUUUCGAAAAAGACUAAAAGAUCAAUUUGACAGUUGUUGUAAAUAUAUCCUCAAAUUAUUCAAUAUUUCUGAAGAAAUUAUUAAAUCAUGUCAUAGUGAUUGUCAAAAUUAUAAUGCUUAUUGUCAAGCACAACUUAAGUGUGCUGACAGGAGUGCAAAAGAAUCCAUGACUAUAACCAGAAAACGACAGGAUUUUCAAACUAAAAACAAGAAAACAGCCCAGUAUAACUUGGAUCGUUUCCAUCUAUUUCAGAAACUCGUUUACUCUAUGAUAUUCUCCAGGUUAACUUGCAUUUUGAGUACACAGUUCCAAUGUUUCGUUAACCGUGAUUUGCUACAAAAUAAAAAGGGAUGUUUGUAUAUUACAACUGUUGUUACAAAUUUAAAACAAGUAAGUUUCCAGCCAGAAGUAGAGCAGCUGCACCAAUUAAUCAUUGAAGCAUUUAAAAAUGUUUUACUUGAAUUGCAAGCAACAAUAAAUAAUCAGUUCCAUUCAGAGGAAGUGAUAAAAUGUGAAGAGAAGCACAAGGAAAAUGAUGCUAGGCUGAAAGUUGAUGAGAUAUUACAAAUUCUAGACGAAAGAAGUGACUCUACAUUGACAAGUUCCAAUGCGAAACACAUAGAUGUUCAAUUUCACAACAUUGUUGAGGUUAUAUUGGCACAAAAAAUUGUUGAGAAUUCUAUUGAAGAACUCAAGGAAAGACUUGCUGUUGCAGGAGAUGAUGCUGAAAUAUUUUUAUCGUCUCUUUGCUGGUUGGGAGAGAUCAUAGGAUUUGUAAGCGAGUGGGAAGGUGGCAACUUCAAUGACUGGAAAACAAAGUCAACCCUUCUUGUAGAGAAACACAUGUUAAAGCUAAAAUCCUGGUCUGCGCAAAUUGAAAGAAUGGCCACAAGUUACGUCACACCAAAUGGCUUAUUAUUUAUUGAUUGUCUUUCCGUACAACAAAUGCUGUUGCCUCGAUUGCAAGAAAUAUUUGAAAACAUUGUAAAAGUUUUAUCAGAAGAUUAUCGCAUACAGGCAAAGAUGUUUAUAUCUCAACUGCAAUGUAUCACAAAGAACUUGUCAGUUCCAAGCUUGGAAGUGGACAAAUUUGCAAAGUUUUACGUUUAUGUGAAGGAUAUUAAGAAACAGCUUUUUGAGUUCAACCAAAAAAUGGAUUAUUUAAAAGCAACUUCUGACGUGAUUAAGCAUUGUUAUUGUCAAUUGUCAUUGGAGGAGGAAGAGACUGAGAAGCAGCUGUUGGUGACGUGGGAGGCAUUCAUCUUCUCAGUGCAAACUGGUCAGGAUUACAUCAGUGAACAUUCUCCAGCAGUGACAAAAAAAUUGAAGAAAGAUAUUGUGAAAAUGAUAGCUGAGGCUUUGGAAAUGGUCAACAAGGCAACAACUGGAAAAUUUAUCGAUGAAAUGCAACAAUGCAGUUAUGUUCUGAAGGAUUUACGUCAACUGUUUGAUGACUUCAAAUCCCGAGAGAAAGAAAUUGUUCUGUAUUCCAACUGCCAGCAAAUGAUAAAUGGAGAGACAACAGAUUUAGUACAGUUAGAGUUGGCUGAAAAGAAGAUUAAAUCCCGAUUUGAAUUAUGGAAAUACCUUGAUUUAACUAUUCAAACUAUCAAUGAAUGGAAGUUUACUUCCUUUAAGCAUUCUCAAUUGAAUAUAAAAAAGGUGUCUGAAAAGGUUCAACAAUGGAACAAGGCUUCAUUAACAAUAGAAGCAAGUAUUCCAGCAAAUGAUAAAGUAUUUGCCAUGUGGAAAGAAGUAAUCAAAGAUUUUCAACAGAAGUUAAUUGUCCUUCAAGAAUUAGCGAUACCAGCACUAAAGAUUCAUCAUUGGAAAGAAAUUUUUGUUAUACUUGGCAAUGCUUAUGAUGACUCAGUUACGUACAAUGUGUCUGACAUUGUCUCCAUGUCCAUUUGGGAUAACUAUGAUAAGAUACGCAAGAUUUGCAUGGAUGCCACAUCCGAAUGUGCAUUAGAGAAUUGUCUUGAUUGUUUGAUUAAAGAAUGGGAAAAGAGAGAUUUCAAGUUGGCAAAGAAUGUCUGGUCAAGCAGUUUUUUUAAGGGUCACCAGAAAGACACUGUUAAUGUUGACUACAUUUUGACUGCAAGUGACGAGUUGUUGUGUCAAAUCGAGGAUAGUCUGGUAACACUGGAGUCCAUGUUAGUAUCACCACAUGUAGCAGGAAUCAGGAUUUGUGUAUAUGAAUGGGUUGUUAUGUUGCAGGAAUUAAAAGAAAUUAUAAAUAUGUGGACAACUGCUCAACAGCAGUGGAAAUAUCUUGGAAAAAUGUUUUCAUCCUCUCACACACAAUCCCAAUAUCCUGUUGAAUAUGAUGCGUUUAUUGCAACCAAUAAAAUAAUGAAGGAUUUGACUGAUAGUAUCAUUAAAGAUUCCAAAGUUUUGCAUGUUCUUGAGCAGAAGAUAAAGAGCGAAGGUUGUCGAGAAUUACAAGGAGAAAAGUUGAAGGUUUCUUUAAAUGAUGUGAUACAGAAACAGUCAGUGGUAAUAAAACAACUAGAAGAAUAUCUUUUAACAAUCCAAAAUAGUUCACCACGGCUAUAUUUCCUAAGUCAUGGUGAAAUGUUAAAACUUUUGGCUAUCAAUCGUAACCCAAAGGAUGUUAUUCCAUUUGUUCGGAAAUGUUUCAAUGGUAUGACAAAUUUGAAGUUCGAAAUGCCACAAACAUCGACAACAAAUAUAUUCUCACCAAUUGAUAUCAGUUUAAAUACACACCUACUUGAAGUUGUGGCUUUAGUUGGUGAAUAUGGUGAAGAAGUCAUACUGGAGAAAAAGAUUCCGUUUUCAGAUUCUAUGGAAAAAUGGUUUAAACAACUAGAACAGGUUAUGAAAGAAACAGUUUGGAGUAACCUUUUCAACUGCAUGAAGAAGUAUACAGCACUGUUUUCAGGAAAAAAAUAUUGCUUGGAGCUCCAGGCUCUUAAAGAAAUGUUAUUCAACGAAAAGAUUUCGUCUCAAUCUAUUUUUUUAUUUCAUGAUGCAUUAUGGAGUGAUUUAAUUCAAGAUGUUAUACAUGACAAGAUUUCUAAAUCCAAUGCAUUGAUAUACAUAGAGAAAGUGUUGGUAGAUGUUACAGAUUUUCUUAAAAGUUCUUCUCUGAUAAAUGGCGCAAAUGUGAUGGAUAAAAGAUUAUUUUUAUUACUUCAAGUAUUAUUUCUGCAACUUAGGAAUUACCAAGGACAGUUACAAGAAUUGGACUUAUCAGGUGAAAAAUCUUCUUUUCAAAACUUAAUGCGUUUGUCCACAUCAAUAACAACAAGUGGCAAUGAUCUUGAUUUCAAAACAAAAAAUAAUUUUAAGGUUGAAUUGAAAUGUCUUGGUCAUGUGUUAUGCUAUGGCUAUGAGUAUGACAGUACAUUACCCAGACUUGUAUUAACUCCUCAUACUGACAGAUGUAUGUUGUCGUUGGUAACUGCUUUCCAAGAUUUUAAAGUUGGUUGUCUCACCGGAAAAUCACAAGAUGGUAAAUCAGAAACCGCUCAUUGCUUGGCCAAGAAAUUGGGUCGUCACUUCAUAACUUUAAAUUGCACGAUGGAUACUCCUUUAUCUUGUAUCGUUCAAAUGAUGUAUGGUGCAUUGGGUGUUGGAAGCAUUUUAUGUUUAGAUAACGCACAUUUCUUAUCAGCUGACUUGUUAUCUGUGAUUGGACAGUAUUUUUAUAACAUAUUUAAUGCUUUGAAGUGUGUAGCUGUCAGUCGUGAGAACAUCCUGCAGCCUAAACGUUGUCAUUCCGUAGCUGAUAUAUACAACAUUCCCAAUCCUUCAACAAGUAAACAUCUAAACUGCAAUGGAGCAAUUGAUUUACCUCUUGUUAAACCACAUACUAACGAAAACAACCAUUACAUGGCACCAAUGCUGGGAAAUAUAUUAUUUGAAAAUCGAUUAGUUGAAGUUAGUUCACUGUAUGCAUCAGUUAUGGUGAUAAAGAAUGAAUUUGAUAAAUGGAGAUCAGUUCCUGAUAAUUUAAGGGAAAUGCUUCGCCCUGUCUCUAUUCACAGCAUCAGUAAGAAACUUCUAUAUGAAGCAUGGUUUGUGAUGAAUGGUUUUAGCCAUAGUGUUGCUUUGGCAAAAAAAAUAAACAUUUUUCUUGAGUGUCUACCCGAAAUGAAUGCUCAUCUGUUGUCUGUAAGGAAAAUUGGAUGUAUUAUUGAUCAGACAGCUCAAAAUCUCAGUGAAAGUGGUUUUCAAAGCAAUGAUGAAGAAGUUUUUUUGGCGAAAAAUAUACUUGCGAUGCUUAAAGUUUCAUUACCAACUGACGUACUCCAGUGUAUUACCCAGAAAAUGAAGGUUAUAUUUCCAUGUAUGAAGUACACAAGCUCAUCAUACAGUGAUACCAUGUUGCUUAAAUCAGUCAAACAUCAGAUACGUGCUGAUAAUCUUAUUUUGAAGCCAGAAUUCUUAAAUAAGGUGCUUACUCUUCAUGAUAUAUUAUCACACAGCAGGUCAGUGAUACUUGUUGGAAAAGCAGCUUGUGGUAAAACAGCAUGUUACCAGACCUUAUCAAGAGCAUUGUGUCAGUUUUAUUACCCGUGGUUGCAAAGCAAAGACCUACCAAACAAAAAGAUCAGUGAGAAAUUAGAAAGAAUUAAUGUGAAAGUUAUAUAUCCAAAUGUAUUUACGACUGACCAGAUGUAUGGUCAUUUUGAUUCGAACAGCACUUGGAUUGAUGGAUUGUUUACUAAGAUGGUAUGCAGUUACAAAGUUUUGAAAAAUGCUGCAUUAAAGGCUGACAAACAGUGUGAAAUACAGAACUGGUUUGUGAUGAAUGGGAAUAUAAACAACUCGUGGAUAAUUCCAUUUGAAUCUCUACUUAACCAUUCUAAUGAAUUUGUGAUUGGUAACAUAAAGAAAAUAUCAGUGGCAGAACAUGCUAAAGUAUUUUUUGAAACAGACACGCUUGAGGCUGUGUCUCCAGCUUUAAUUUCAAGAAGCACAAUUCUCCAUUUCCAUGAUGAUCAAGUGGUCGAUUGGAAAUGUGUGUUUGAUGCUUGGAAAACAACAGCACAUAAUAAAUUUUCAUUAGCUGGUGAUGAGUUGAAUGCAAUUCUUAACGUUUUAAGUUACACAUUGGAAAAUGUCAGCAAAUGUAUGAAAGAAGACUGUUCCAAUAUACUCUCUGCAAACAAUGUCCAUGAUGUUUCCACUCACAGUCAUUCAACAGUGAUAAACUGCAUGCAAGUUCUAAAUGUAUUAUCUGCUGUUCUCACUGAAUGGAAGUCUCGAGAUCAACACCAGUCGAUAGAUGUUGAUAAAGAAAGUCAAAACAAGUUCAUAACUCAUAUGGUUGCUUACUCUAUGGCAAAUGCACUGACACCCUUAGUUUAUGACAGAUCUCUGGCCAAACUAGAUAUUUGUAUUCGUCAAAUAUUUUCUACAUGUCCAAUAUGUCCAGUGAUUUUUCCUUGUCAUAUUCUUGAUUGUUAUUUUGAUGGUAAUAUUGGAGAAUUGGUGCCAUGGAAUGAACACGUGUUGGCAGUAAAAACAGCUGUAACCUCGAGUUUUGUACUUACGAGGGAGCAUCAAAAAAUAUUUCAUCUCUCUGAUAUGCUGUUAGCAUCUGGACAAAACUUAAUGUUGAUCGGGGAACCUGGAUCUGGUAAAUCUUCAUUUGUGAAGCAUGCAAUUUCGACUAAAUACACUACCACUAAAAUUCAAAUAUCCAAAGCAACGUCUGUUGAACAUUUUCAAAGUAGACUACUGGUAAAUGCAAGAACAUUCUCACAAUACCAAAACAACAAAAAAAAUCUCCCAAAGAAAUCUGAAAACGUGAUCGUUUUUGUUGAUGAUUUGAAUUUAUCAGCACAGCAUGGUUACUGCAGUGACACGCCCCUGUCUGAAUGCAUGAGACAAAUAAACAUGGAGGGUGGUGUACAUGAUUGUAAUGGGAAAUAUUUCCAUCAUCUUCCAAACACGCAGUUUAUCACAACAUACAGUCCACCUGUGACUGACUUUGUUGGAAUUAAUUCGAAAUCUUUGUUACAGCCGAAAUUGUACCGACAUUUUAGCAUUUUAAGAAUGCCAUCAUGUACAGGCGACCAAAUGGUGCGUUUGUUUUCUCAGCAAUGUGAAAAUUGGUUAGAACGUUUCUCUUGGUUACCGUUUAAGCAAAUGAUUGCUUGUGUAAUAUCAAAAACCGCCAUAAAUCUUCAUCAGUCAAUAAAAGAUAAGUUUACAUGGACAAAUUUGGUACCACAAUAUGUGUUCUCACAACAUGAUGUUGCAAGAGUGUUCAAAGGACUGUUUUUGUUUUCAUCAAAUGUUGAUGUGAUAAAUAAAUCGAGGACGAACCAUGCAGAUGUCAUUAAAAGUUCUAUGAAUGGGAGCAGGUCAGAAUUGGUACAUGGUGACAAAGAACAAAAUACAGAUGACAAAAUGACUGAAACAUUAGGUUCUAUGGUUCAUCUUCUCUGUCAUGAAGUUCAAAAGGUGUAUGGAGAAAGACUGUUGCAUCAAACUGACUAUGACUGGUUGAUGAAUAGAAUACAAGAAGAAGUGAACACCCUGUUUGGUAGUGAGGUUACAUUGCAAGGUAUUAAGACUGCUACCAGCUCCUCGUUACAAGACAGUCAAUUGUGCAGUGUGCUACUAAAAAAAAGCAGACACAAAUGUGCUACCUUAUUUAACUCGUACUAUAUUACUAUGCCAACAGAUCAAAGUUCGAAUGUUUUUAAGUGUGCUACCAGGACAGAGUUUAAACUAAUGUUGUACGAUGCUAUGAAGUCAGUCAAUGAAACUAAAGUAGAUAACAUGGAAUUGGUAUUUUUUGACGAUAUGCUGAGACAUGCGGAAAAUCUAUGCAGGGCCCUGAACAUACUUGGUGGCCAUGCUCUUCUCAUAUCUCAAAAUGGGCAUGGUCGAAAAAAGAUAUUCCGAAUUGUGUCAAAGUUACUGAGAAGAGAGGCUGUUGAAGUUCAUUUUUCCUCCUCAAAAAACAAUCAAAUUGCUGCAGUUAAAGAUGCAUGUAAUAUGGCUGGUUUAAAAGGUCAGCCUGUGCUGUUGUAUGCAUCGGAAUUUUUAACUGAAGAAACUCUAAUGAAGCUUGCUGCGCUCAUUAAUGAUGGCUAUUGUCCUGACCUUUACUCAUCAAGCGAACUGCUUCUCAUAUGUACAGAGAUGUUGCCAGGUGGUCUGAAAACUAGGAAGAAGGGUGAAAGCUAUGAACGAGCUGAAAAUCGUUUCUUUCAAAGAAUAAAACAAAACUUACAUAUUGUUCUAUGUGAGAAUCAAGAAGGUUUAAGAAAGCUGUUAAAUGUUUAUCCUGUGUUUCUUCACAAAAUGUUUUGUGUGGACGUGUAUAAAGAAUGGUCGAACGAUGUGCUGCAACACAUCUCUUUGAAGUACUUACUAAAACGAAGUGAUAGCAUGCAAGGUGUUAGUAGGAGAGAUCUUAAACAGGUAUCUAACGUGGCUGCUAAAAUUCAUCAAACCACACGGGAAUUUACGAGUAAGAUAUUUACUGAGAAAGGAAUUGAAGUCUAUUCGCCGUUAAAGUUUUUUGAAUUUAUUGAUUUGUUUACGAGGUUGUUUGGGUUAAUGACAAAAAGGAAUAUGAAAAGGCUGCAACAUGUUGAGAAAGGCGUUUCAAGAAUAAACGAAGCAAAGCAAGCAAUUGUUGUAAUGUCAAGCGAGAUAGAAGAACUUGCUCCAGUGAUAGAAGUUACUAAGGGCGUUGUAAAAGAAGCUGAGAGAGAGAUGAAAGAAACAAAAUCAUCUUACACGAAAAUAAAAAAUAUUUGUCAAAAACAGGAAGAAAAAAUCGAGCGUUUGCAAGUAUCAUGUGAUGAGUUGAGGAAUGAAACGAAUCGUGAUUUCAACAAGUUAAGUCCUCUGUACGAAGCUGCUUUAGCUGCACUGUCAUUGCUGGAUUAUCAUGCUGUUGAUGAACUUCGCAGUUACCGUGCUCCACCACAGGGUGUGAAAUAUGUUACCGACAUGCUUUGCGUUAUGUUUGGUGUUGUUCCCCAAUGGGAGGAAGCCAAACUUCUUCUAAUGAGAGAUAAAUUCAUUCAAGAUUUACAGUUUUACGACAAGGAUCAUAUCAGCGAUGCGAUGUACGACAAAUUGUCGUCCUUCAUCCAAAACCCGUCAUCGCAAUGUAAGGAGUUAGUGAAAAUCAGUCACGCCGCUAACCAGUUGUCGGUUUGGAUUCAAGCCAUUUAUAAUUACGCCACUAUUUUACGGGAACUUCAACCAAAGAAGACUGCUUUGCAGGAUGCCGAAAUUGCUAUCUUGCAGGCGGAGAAAGAACUUGGUGCUCAAAAAAUGAAGUGCAGUAACAUGAAAGAAGAACUAGAAAGCAAAAUACAACACUAUAAAGAAAAAUCGAAAGUGUUGAAGUCUCUGCAAAGUCAGUACCAGUCCCUAUGUAAGAAGAAAACACAUGCCAACUCUCUGCUCAGUACAAUGCAACCUUUCACUGAUGAUUGGUCUAAACAUAUCACUACAUGUCACUCCCACAUGUCAUCAGCAAUCGGUGACAGUAUAUUGACAGCUGCGUCCGUUGUGUACAUGGGAAUCUUGACACAAGUUCAACAAGAGGAACUAAAUCAAAUAUGGAGGGAUUUCUUCACCACAGAUGGACUGCUUACCCGUGAAAAUAAUGACAUGUUAUUGGUUGAUGUUUUAAGCUCAGAUGAAGAGCAAGAUGAUUGGUUAAGAGCGAAAGAAUGGACGGACGUGUCUACAAUCAACCACGUGUUGCGGAUAAGGACUAUUAAUCUUUUAUGUGCAAAGUGCUGUCCAUUGUUAAUUGACCCGCAAGACGUAGGAGAGCGGUGGGUGAAGGUGAUUGAAAAUGGUUUGUGUGCCCAGGAUUUGCAGGACAAAGACCAGUACAGUGUCAUCAGAACCACUAUUUUUGACAAACCAGUUCAAGAAAUCAACAAAAGUAUUGCCAGUAUGCAAAAUGAUAUCGUACCUACUAAUGAAGAAGGUAUCAGUAUUUUCAACGCAGACGAUUUAGAUAUUGAUGAAAAGCUGACGUCAGCAAUGUCCUCUGGACGUCCUGUUUUUGUCAAACAUAUGGAAAGAAUGAAAGAAGGCUGUAUGUUGUCACAGUUCAUUCAUCAAUACAAAACUUCUGUGGUCGGUAAUGUCGUUACUAUCGGAAAAAGACUCUUCAAGUGUAAUCCAGGUUUUAGAUUAUAUCUUUCGGCUUCCGUAACUAUGGAGUUUUUAAACAAGGAAAAGUUCUUGUUACCGCUACACAGAACGAUACCUAUUAAUUUGGAAUUCGAAUCAUGCUCACUAACCGGAAUGUUGCAUCAGAAAGUGAUUCGCGCUGAAAAACCUGAGUUAGAAACACAAAUUCAUCGAAUAAACUUGGAUGUCUGUUUUCUAAGAGAUGAACGAAAGUCUUUACAGGAGCAGAUAUUAAACUAUGUUACGUCUUUACCAUCGAAGUUAUUGGAACAGAAGAAUAUUUUGGAUUUUAUGGGGUUUUAUCAAGAAAAGUUGCUGUUAACCGAAGAAAAGUAUUUUGAAUGCAAGACGUAUUUGGACAACAUGAUGAAGGAGAUAAAAGAUUACAAAACACUUGCUGUGUACUCGGCUAACAUAUACGCCAUCUUGCAGAAACUAUCCCGCGUGCAUCACCUGUACAAUUUUCCUGUUCACGCUUUCAUGAGCGUAUUUGAUGAAACUUUAACACAAAGUCACGCUACAAAAGCAGCGGCAUCAAACGUGCUAGCAAGAGCUGAAGAGAUGAAAACAAGUUUUACUGGAAUUAUGUUUAAACGAAUAUCAAUGUCAAUCUUUUUAGAACACAUAUUCCUGUUCCCGUUAUGUAUUGUUCUCGAAAAAGUUAAAAAUCACACUGCUGUUACUGAGGAGGAGAGAUGUUUAUUUUUCACUGGAUUUAAUUUCUCCAUCGCUGAAUCCUGUGCAUUUGACAGACCACAUUGGAUACAACAGGAGUCUUGGAAAAGAUUUGUUCAUCUAUCUUAUACGGUUCCCUGUUUUAAAAACUUGCUUCAUAGUUUAACCAAGCGAACACAUGAAUGGGAAGAAUAUUUUGAGUCAAUACCAAUGAUGGUGUGUCCGCCUUCGUUUGAAGAAGUAGAUAUGCACAAGUUUCAUCUCGCGUUACUGUGGCUUGCUUAUGAUACAUCGCUGUUACCAGUUAUAUGCGAGAAUAUGAUUUUAUGCCAUCUUGGUCCUGAUUUUCUCAACCUUCCAACGUUUGACGCCAAUCAAAUCAUUUCACACAGCCUCUCUUCGAUGAUUAAUAUUGUUGUGUUGCCGGAUAACGAAAAACCAGUCAUCCAAGAUCCAUGUUUGGUCUUAUCGAGAUUUGCUGACGAGCAAGCUGCUUCAAGUGUUUCGGUGAUCAGCAUAGGUGAAGGAGAGCAGAUUGGUCAUGCAUCGCGAGCCAUUCGUACUGCUGCUAAGCGCGGAGGUUGGGUGAUACUUCAAAACUGUCAUUUAAUCAAAACGUGGCCACGAAAGUUUAUGAAAGAAAUCAUGAAGGUUUUCAGAUACACGACUGAUGAGUUAAACACUGGAAGCAUGAAAGCGGACACCUGUCGGCGAUUUCGUAUAUGGAUGAUUCUAAGAGCGACGGGAAAAGAAGACGGCUUUAUUUUGCCUGACUACAUAUGUCAAAACAGCCGCACUUUUGUCUGGCAGUAUGAAAAGAACACAGCAAAAGAUAUUAAAAGUAUAUUGAGGAAGUCUUUGGAUGUAUCCAAAAGUAAUCGAGACAUGCUUGUUGAUGUAUUUCAAAAUGAAGUGUAUAAGAAUGCCGUGUUGCUGUAUAGUAAACAAGUGAAGAUUUCAUCGUGUGACCUUGAUUUUUCGGCCACAUUAUGCAAUCACCUGACACAAAGCUACUUCAAGCCGUCAGUCUCGGUCGUGAAAGAUUUGGUUUACUUACCGCAAAUGUCAACUAGUUACGAUGUUUCAUUGUUGACGAAGGAGAUCGAAGAGAAAAGAGACAUGCGCAAUGAAAGAAGCAAAAUCACUUUCGAAAUGUUAGGAAAGUUUUAUAAUAUCAACCGGCAGCCGAGCAAGUUAUAUAACAUUGAUGAGAUCAAGAAGCUAUACUCGCACGUGAGAAAUAUGAGUACAGAAAAAGAUACAACUAGAAUAGCACUACAGGGGAGAUAUUUUAUUACGGAGCACCUACGUGGAGAGGCCAAAACGUACAGGAAUAUUUUGCAGAAAUUUGCGCAUGAUGUUAGCCUUCUUGAGAACGUCAUGCAAGGGCGUUUACCUUGGAAUGCAUAUUUGAUGUCAUUUCAUGAGAAAAUAUCAAGUAACUGUACACCUGAUGCUUACAAGCCGAAAUGUGCAAAAAAAACAACUUUAAGCAAUUUCUUGGAUACUCUUGGUACGAGACUGACUUACUUCAAUUCAUUGCUCGAUGAAUUCAAUGUGAUCGCUUUUGAUUUGUCUCACUUUACCAACUCGCAAGGAUUUCUUUCUGCCGUGAAGCUACAAUACGCAAACGAUUCUGAUUUAACACCUGAGGAAAUUGAAUGGAUUGGUGAGCGUGUUGAUUCUGUGCCUUCUAACGUGACGUCAAUAAUCAACGGCGUUUAUCUACAAAACUUGACAUUAAUUAAUACGCUAGCUACUGCUGCAACCACCAACGGACAAAUAGCGCAACCAUCCGCCAUUAUUCCAUUCGUACAAUACAAACCUCGUCAAACGUCCGACAACGUGGCAGUUUUAGAUGUGUAUCAGUCGUUGGGUGGGCAAGAAGAAAGUUUAUUCUCAGUUAUUCAGACAUCAAUCGAAAUUAUGGACGAAUCUGCGUUUGAUCAAUUCUUGGUGGUACAACAUAGCAGUGUGUAAAAUAUCUUAGGCGUACUAACUUUCGCGAAUUUGAGCUAAAUUUCUUACUUUUUAACCAUCCGUAAAAUUUUAAAAGCUCUUAUUCGCGAAAAAAAGUACUUGUAAAAUAUACAAUUUUUGCAAUCCUUAAGCGCGAAAAAUUAGUAUCCAUGAACGCAAGUUAUGGCGAGCAUUUAGGAAUAUGUUUUGCUUCUAAAAGUAUUUAAGUUCAGUACAUCGUUAAAGCAUCCUAGUGCGGUAUUCUCUUAACUUCUUCUGUCUCAGUAUGACAAAGAAUUUCAUUGGCUUUUAUGUAAGCACCUGGUGCAAAUAUAUUUUCUUUGUACAUACAAUAUUUUUUAAUCAAAUGUUAAUGUAUUUUUGCAAUAUAAGUUAUUUCAGAUGUUAAUAUAUAUUUUCGUUCACCAUC